AAUGCGAAGAGAAUGAAGACAUGCAGAAUCCAUUUUCUUUGUCAUUCUGUUUGAAGCGAACAAGAUUUAUCGAUUCUUUUAACUGAACUGUAAACUAAAAAUCAUAGAUUUUAACGAUAGACAUGCAGUGAUAAUCAACCAGUAUAAAGAAAAUAGUAUCAUAAAUUAAUUCAAUGAAAUACAAGUGGAAAUCAGUUGAAAAAGUGACAAUAAGACCUCGUGGUUAAAAAUAGAUUUUUACCUAUUAUAUAUUAUUUAUUUUUGACUGGUAAGAAAAGAAUAAAUUCAAGUUAUCAAUUAUUUUGUUUAGUAAUUUAUAAUGGCAUCGAGGUUAACAUUAUCACAAGCAUUAGGCACUGAUGGCAGUGACUAUAUGCAUAGACAAAAAGUACCAACACACUAUCAAAUAAGCGCGCAAACCAAAUCAAGACUGAAGUACUGUAUAUUUUUUCAUUAUCUUUUAUUUUUUGUUAUGUUAUCGAAAUUAUCAGCUGAUAUUUUAGACCAUUUAGAUAUUUUUAUCUUGGAAAUUGAAGAAUUACAAAUACCUCAACCACUCUGGUGGGAAUACAUUUGGUGCUCGAGUUUACUCGUAUCAUUUAUUGGACUGUCAGCGAUUAAGAAGAACCAAAUAAAAUCAUUAAAACGGUAUAUGAUUGGAAUUGUUGUAUUGGGAUUUGGACCACUAAUUUAUGGAAUUGUCUAUUAUUUAUCUGAUGUAUGGACGUACUUAACAAUUGGUAAAACUGAUGAUAUACAAUUGUGGCAAGAUUUACCUUAUGGUCUUUUAUGGUACGCCUUUAUAUUACUCGCAACUCAAGUACAUAUGUUCUCUCUAUUAUUUUCAUGGAAAUUAUUGACAGCGUGGAGAUCACGGGGUUCUAAAAAAAAUGAAUAAUUAAAUGGAAUUAUAUCAAAGAAAUGUAUUUUUGUUAAAAAAAAAAAAGAAAGUAAAACGUUCCAAUAAUAAAAAAUCAAUAAAACUGCUGAUAUCAGUUA